UCGCUCUCCAGAAAACGUGCCGCAGGGCGCAGGCCCCGCCCCACGGAAAGAAGGGCGGCCCGCCCUGGACGUGAAGCACGCUGGGACUCCUCUCGAGCUUCCCGGCAGCCCUUGCGACGGGCGUGGUGCGUAAGGAGCUGACCAGCGGUGGCCGUUCUCCGUAAGAUGGCGGACCGGCGGCGGCAGCGCGCUUCCCAGGACACUGAGGACGAAGAAUCUGGUGCUUCGGGUUCCGACAGCGGCUCUCCGGCGCGGGGCGGCGGCAGCUGCAGCGGGAGCGCCGGCGGCGGCGGCAGUGGCUCGCUGCCUUCUCAGCGCGGCGGCCGCGGCGGGGGCCUUCAUCUGCGGCGGGUGGAGAGCGGGGGCGCCAAGAGCGCAGAGGAGUCUGAAUGUGAGAGUGAAGAUGGCAUGGAAGGAGAUGCUGUUCUUUCCGAUUACGAAAGUGCAGAAGAUUCAGAAGGUGAAGAAGAAUACAGUGAAGAGGAGAAUUCCAAGGUGGAGCUGAAAUCAGAAGCUAAUGAUGCUGCUGAUUCCUCUACAAAAGAGAAGGGAGAAGAAAAGCCUGAAUCUAAAGGCACUGUGACUGGGGAGAGGCAGAGUGGGGAUGGACAGGAGAGCACAGAGCCCGUGGAGAACAAAGUGGGUAAAAAAGGCCCUAAGCAUUUGGAUGACGAUGAAGAUCGGAAAAAUCCAGCGUAUAUUCCCAGGAAAGGGCUCUUCUUUGAGCAUGAUCUUCGAGGACAGACUCAGGAGGAGGAAGUUCGACCCAAAGGACGACAGCGAAAGCUAUGGAAAGACGAGGGUCGCUGGGAGCAUGAUAAGUUUCGUGAGGAUGAACAGGCUCCGAAAUCUCGACAGGAGUUAAUUGCACUUUAUGGCUAUGACAUUCGGUCUGCUCACAAUCCUGAUGACAUCAAACCCCGAAGAAUCCGGAAACCUCGAUUUGGAAGUCCCCCACAAAGAGAUCCAAACUGGAUUGGUGAUCGAUCAAGCAAAUCCCAUCGCCACCAGGGUCCUGGGGGCAACCUACCACCUAGGACAUUUAUUAACAGGAAUGCAGCAGGUACUGGCCGCAUGUCUGCAUCCAGAAAUUAUUCUCGAUCUGGGGGCUUCAAGGAAGGUCGUACUAGUUUUAGGCCUGUGGAGGUUGGUGGGCAGCAUGGUGGCCGGUCUGGUGAGACUCUUAAGCAUGAAGCUAAUUACCGGUCACGGCGUCUGGAGCAGACUCCUAUGAGGGAUCCAUCUCCAGAACCAGAUGCUCCAUUGCUUGGAAGUCCUGAGAAAGAAGAGGUGGCCUCAGAGACACCAGCUGCUGUACCUGAUAUCACACCACCAGCUCCUGACAGGCCCAUUGAGAAGAAAUCUUAUUCUCGGGCAAGAAGGACCAGGACCAAAGUCGGGGAUGCAGUCAAAGCUGCUGAGGAGGUUCCUGCUCCAUCUGAAGGGCUUACUUCAGCAGCCACAGUUCCAGAAACUACUCCUCCAGCUGCUAAGACUGGGAACUGGGAGGCUCCAGUAGAUUCUUCCACAGGUGGACUUGAGCAAGAUGUGGCCCAGCUAAAUAUAGCAGAACAAAAUUGGAGUCCAGGACAGCCUUCAUUCCUGCAGCCACGGGAACUUCGAGGUAUGCCUAACCACAUCCAUAUGGGAGCAGGACCUCCACCUCAGUUUAACCGGAUGGAAGAAAUGGGUGUCCAGAGUGGGCGAGCUAAGCGUUAUUCAUCGCAGCGGCAGAGACCUGUGCCAGAGCCCCCUGCUCCUCCUGUGCAUAUCAGCAUCAUGGAGGGGCAUUACUAUGACCCAUUGCAGUUCCAGGGACCAAUCUAUACCCAUGGUGACAGCCCUGCCCCACUGCCCCCACAGGGCAUGAUUGUACAGCCAGAAAUGCAUCUUCCUCACCCAGGUUUACACCCCCACCAGUCACCAGCACCUCUGCCCAAUCCGGGUCUCUACCCACCACCAGUGUCCAUGUCCCCAGGACAGCCACCGCCCCAGCAGUUGCUUGCUCCUGCCUACUUUUCUGCUCCAGGUGUCAUGAAUUUUGGUAACCCCAGUUACCCUUAUGCUCCGGGAGCAUUGCCUCCUCCUCCACCUCCUCAUCUGUAUCCUAACACACAGGCUCCAUCACAGGUGUAUGGAGGAGUGACUUACUAUAACCCUGCCCAGCAGCAGGUGCAGCCAAAGCCCUCCCCACCCCGGAGGACUCCCCAGCCAGUCUCCAUCAAGCCCCCUCCACCUGAGGUUGUAAGCAGGGGUUCCAGUUAAUACAAGUUUUUGAAUAUUUUAAGUAUAACAUCAUGUGAAAAACAGGAGAGGUGGGAACUCAGGAGUGAAGAGAAAAGCAGCUGCUGUCUACUACUCAGAGGGCUUCAAAGGUGUGUGGUGGCCCUGCCAGCAGACGGAGGAUGAGGCCCUCUUUCUCUGAGGACAGGUCUGCUGGAGAGAGAAGAAACAGGUGGCUGCCUUCCACCUCCACUCCUCACUUGAGCUGCCUGGACUCAAGGAGCAGAGACUGGACAACCCAGGCUUCAGAAGCCUGUUUUUUACUUUCUCCCCAGAAAUUCAAGUGUCUUCUGCUCCCAAGGAAGUUCCUUCCUGCUUGUUUGUUUGAAUGUUGAUUUUUUUUUUAAAAGCCUGAUUUACCCUUCUUAAGUUAAUGUUUUUAGUUUUUUCUCCUUUUCCCUGCUCUGCCCUUACAUGAAACAAAUUCAUUUUAGUUUACCUUUCUGGGUUCACUUAAGCUCCUCCCUUAACCCCACAUAAUUGAGAAUGUUUUGACCAAGUGUAAAAAUAGCUGGCCUUUUCCUUGUGAUUGGUCUUUAUUAGUCUCUUUCACUCCUCUAACCCUGUGGAAGCUGUCUGCACGCAGCAUCCCACUGUAGAGGAGAGCUCAGAGUGGGUGAGUAGGAGCCCUUGCUUGGGGUGUAGGUUUUAUAAAUCUGAGCCUUCAACAGUACCUCUCUUCUGAUGGGCUUCAUUCCUCCACUGAGGCAGAAUCUCUGCUGUAGGGAGAGAGAGCAAAAUGGAUGCUUUUGUGAGAAGGGAGGGUAGGGUGAUACCCUCUGCACUGUUAGGGAAUGCGCUGCUGCGUCCUCAGGGCUGUCUUUGAGGUAAGUGGAAUUAGUGGGCUCUGCUUCUUUUCUUUGUAGCCCUCCUGCUACAUCCCCUUCCCAGUUGUGGACCAAUGCAUCUCUAGAGACAAAUACUAUCCAGCCAUCUGUCUGCCUUGUCUUUUGCAGUUCUUCUCCAUGCCUUUCCUGCUACAAAUGUUUUUAGAUGUUAUUACUAUACUUUCCCCAAAUCCUGCUCCUGUACUUGCAUACUGAAGGUAACUAUACCUACACUUAAGUUCUAAGGAAGCAAGUCACCUGGGCAAAGGCUGUCCCUCUAUUCUUCCCCUCAUGGCAUAUCACAUCCCCGUCCCUGUGGGAGUCUGUUGUUGCAGAACUUGGGAGAAGGUGAUGGCUGUGUCUCUCUAGUAAUGUCACUUUUUAUUUUCCCUCCUACAGCUGGCUUAACCACUCUUGAGUCGGGUGGGGGGUAACCCUCAAGGAGGAGAUAACUAAGAGGUUCUUCCAGGAGUAGCUGGUGGUUGUGCCUUUUAUAGGCUUCCCUUUGCCUUAAACCUGAAUAUGUCUCCUCAAGCCUGUGGGCAGCAUGCCCUGAUUCCCAGACUAAGACACUGUGACAGUUGUCUGUUGGUCCACUGUGUUUAGUUGCAAAGAUUUCACCAUGUGCGUUGUUUUUUGUUACUGUUUUAAAGGGUGCACAUUUGUGAUCAGCAUUGUGACUUGGAGAUAAUAAAAUUUAGACUGUAGACUUGA